GCCAGUUAAUGCCCUGCAUUAUUUGCAUAAAUAGUCACGAGGCCUCUCUAAUUUGCAUAGUUGGAAUACUUCCUGUUUCCCUCAGAACAGGUUUUUGCUGUGGAUGAGGAAUCAGCAGACCUAAGAGAAGAGGCAACACACACCUUCUUCCUCAGUAUCAAAAUGGAUUCUUUUGAAGUAACGUGCCCUCAUCCUGUUGAGACGGAUGAGAGCAUGACAUCCUCUGGUCUGGACUUGGCCUGGCCUCUCUCUUGCAAACAGUGUAGUGGACGUACAGAGACCAGCCAGCGGAGGAGUAGCUAUGGGCACAACAGGGGCGCGGCCCACAGUGCUGGCCAGUUGAGCUUCCCCGAGGGCCACCACCAGCAGGAACCUGGAGCAACCUGUCACGUUGCCCCCCACCCUUUUAUUCACACCCAUGCAUGCCCGGGACAGAGCCAGCUCCCUGCAGGGGUUUGCCAUUGUGAUAGAGAGCAGGCGCUGUUGUGUGAACGGGAUCACAGUAGAGGCUAUGCUGAACCUUCAGACUGGCCCCAAAGUCCCUCUGUGGGCGAGGCAGAACCCUUGGAGGCCCCUUUUUCGCUCAAGUCUGAAGUUAACCACACCCACUAUGUCUCAUCACAAAACCUAGGAGCACGUAUGAACGUCCCCAACCCAAUGCAGGGGCGUCAUCUCAGACAGUGCGCGUGCUGCCCACCAGCAAACCAGCCCCGUCACAAUAAUUACACUCAUCAUACACGUGACUACCCAGCGGAUUCGUGGGAUGAGCCUCGGCGCUAUCUGCAGAACCCCGUCCCUCCAAAUGUCCCGUAUGGAUCUGUGCCUAAUCAGCGCGUGGGCCCUCCUAGAGAAUUGAUGCAUGAGGUCAGCGUAUACGGCUCCAUACAGGCCUGUCCAGGGCCGGCAACGGGUGAGAUCAGGAAGACCAUCAGCCUGUCUGAGGAGUAUAGGAAUGUCUUCAUCACAUAUUCAGUGGACACAGCAGAAGAGAUCAUUCCUUUUACCAAAUUUCUGACCGAUCAAGGGUUCAAACCAGCCAUUGACAUCUUCGACAAUCCGAUCCGAAGAAUGGGCAUCAACAAAUGGAUGGACCGUUUUCUGAAUGACAAAUCGGUGCUCAUCAUCGUGGUCAUCAGCCCCAAGUACAAGGAGGACGUGGAGGGGGACGGAGACGACGACCACGGCCUCCACACUAAGUACAUUCACAAUCAGAUCCAAAAUGAGUUUAUCCAACAAGGCUGCCUGAACUUCAGACUUGUACCUGUGUUGUUUCCAAACGCAUCCAAGAGACAUGUCCCCAACUGGCUCCAGAGCACCAGGAUCUACCGCUGGCCAUGGGACACCCAGGACCUGCUGCUGCGCCUCGUAAGGGAGGAGCGCUACAUCAUCCCACAACGGGGGGCCGACCUCACUAUCACCGUCCGCCCCCUCUGAGAAAAUCUGAAAGAACGACGGGCUCGUCUGGAAAAUAAGCAACUUCAAGAGCAAAUUGUUCAUUUUGUGUCAUGUGCCUCAAUGAGAACUGUUACAUGGCAGCAGAUUGGUUGUUCAGUGUUUUCCUUUUGUCGCUUGUUGCCUUUUUCAUUGGAUGUAUUAUUCAUUUUAAAUUUUUCAAUCUCACUACAAUCCUUAUAUCGUUAGAUAGAAAAGUUUUUCCGCAAGUUCUUGUCGCAACACUUUUUAAACGCAUUUGUUUAACCCACACUUUUAAUAUGAAAAUAUUGAGGAGUGCAGCUUUAAUUAUAGAGAGCAUAAAAUAGAAGUUACAAAUGCUAAAAGCCUUUUCCCUAUUGCUGCUAGUUGCUUUUGUUGUAAAAGAGUUGACUUAUAUAACGUUUGGCUUUUUUUUUUGUCUUUCUCAAAAUUACCAAACCUAGCUUUAAUUUUAAAUGUUAUUUUGAAAUCAUCGUCACACACUUAUUGAUUUACUACUCUUCAUGUUUUAUUAUUUAAUUUGAACUUCAUGCAGAAUAUAGUAUAAAAUAAAAAUAUGUCUAAAUAAAAUACAUAAUAUGUACUUGUUUUUUUUAUUUUUUUUUAUUGUUGAAUAGAUGAUAAUAAACACUUUUAAAUGCCUAGAAUGGUUCCAGUGCCACACAGGAGGCUGCAUGUUGUAUUUCUUUGUAGAGACUAGGACUGCCCAGAAGGUGGAAGCAUGUUCCAAAUAAUGACUCCAACCCUGUAUUACCGCUUCAUGGUAACAGCUCAAACUUCCAUUCAACAUUAGGUUGUGUUAUUGAUAUUCUGUUUUCGUAUUACUUUUGAUUACUUUUACUUUUACUUACUUUUGUUUGUUUUAACCAAGGGUAUUCUGAAUGACAAUUUUCAUUGUGGCUAUGUAAAAAUGAAAAUAAAGAAGGAGUUCUUGAGGGUCA